UGAGAAAAUUACUGACGUUUCGUUGUGGUUGUGUGCUUUGCUAUUCGCAUGGCCGACGUGUGCAUUCCUGAGUUUUUGUUCGCGUGGUGUCCCUCGUUAUUUUACAGGUGUCUUUAUUAAAAAAAAAAAUAAAUUGUGUUUAAAAAGGGUUCAAGAAAAUUAAAAUUCUCUUAAAGAAUAUCACAAAGUGAGUGUGCAUCGUGUCAAACCCACAAGUGUACCGUUCGAACGUUAUGUCGUGCACGUUCGACCUGACAUAAUCCGGUUUGAACUGGAUUUCGGCAGGUUCUUUAAGAUAAAUGGACUGGCCGUUCAUUUCAGAAAUUGUGCAGAACGGCUUUAACGAAAAGAGAAGUGCUACUUUUCAGUUUUAAUUAACCCCCAGGGGAAACCCCAUCCAGGAACUAGGUAAAGAAUCAUUAAGUAUAGGAACCACGCGACUUCCAGCACACAGCAAUGUCCAACGAGGAGACAUCCGCCGAUCGUAAUGUCGAAAUCUGGAAGAUCAAGAAACUCAUUAAAAGCCUUGAAAUGGCUAGAGGGAAUGGCACAAGUAUGAUUUCGUUGAUAAUACCUCCAAAGGAUCAAAUAUCAAGAGUAAGCAAAAUGUUGGCCGAUGAAUUUGGAACUGCAUCUAACAUCAAAUCUCGUGUAAAUAGAUUAUCAGUUCUUGGUGCCAUCACAUCGGUACAGCAUAGGCUAAAGUUAUACACCAAAGUACCUCCAAAUGGCCUGGUUAUUUACUGUGGAACCAUUGUAACAGAAGAAGGGAAAGAAAAGAAAGUCAACAUCGAUUUCGAACCCUUUAAGCCUAUUAAUACUUCUCUUUACUUGUGUGAUAAUAAGUUUCAUACUGAAGCGCUUACUGCGCUGCUUGCAGACGAUAACAAGUUUGGUUUUAUUGUUAUGGACGGUAAUGGAGCGCUUUUUGGUACACUACAAGGAAACACACGUGAAGUCUUACAUAAAUUUACGGUGGACCUUCCCAAAAAGCACGGCAGAGGAGGACAGUCUGCUCUUCGUUUUGCCCGAUUACGUAUGGAAAAGAGACACAACUACGUCCGUAAAGUUGCUGAAGUAGCGACUCAGCUUUAUAUUACUAAUGAUAAGCCUAACAUUGCGGGUCUUAUUUUGGCUGGUAGUGCUGACUUUAAAACAGAGCUGAGUCAGUCUGAUAUGUUUGAUCCUAGAUUGCAAGCUAAAGUUAUAAAACUAGUUGAUGUUUCGUAUGGAGGAGAAAAUGGUUUUAAUCAAGCCAUUGAAUUGGCAGCUGAAUCCUUGCAGAAUGUGAAAUUCAUUCAGGAGAAGAAACUUAUUGGUCGCUAUUUCGAUGAGAUUUCCCAAGACACAGGAAAAUACUGUUUCGGCGUUGAAGAUACGUUGAGAGCCUUGGAAUUAGGUAGCGUAGAGACUUUAAUUUGUUGGGAGAAUUUAGAUAUUCAACGAUACGUUCUGAAGAAUCACACGAACGGUGAGGAAAAAGUAUUGCACCUAACGCCUGAACAGGAAAAAGACAAAACACACUUUACUGAUAAAGAGAGUGGUGUAGAAUUGGAAUUGGUAGAAUGCCAACCGCUACUCGAAUGGCUGGCGAAUAAUUACAAGAGUUUUGGAGCAACAUUAGAAAUUAUAACGGACAAGUCCCAAGAAGGUUCACAAUUUGUCAGAGGCUUUGGUGGAAUUGGCGGAAUAUUGCGCUACAAAGUCGACUUUCAAAGUAUGCAAUUGGAAGAAGAUGAACUCGAUAAUUUCGAUCUGGACGAUUAUUAAAGCAGUUGAAUUUACACAGACUACUCGGUUCUCAAUGCUUAUGAGAAAAAUAAUUAAAAAAAAAAAAAAAAACAGAAAAAAACGCACUGCGUGUUUUCUCAAUCGCGUAGUAUUUUAAUGAGAAGCACUUUUUGAAAAAGAAAAAAAUUCCAACAAGAGGCAAUUUAUAAAAUUUAUAAAAUUAGUGAAUCGUUUCAAUUUUUAUCAAGCAUUACGCGAUGAGAGAAAUCUCCAGUUUGUCGCUUAGAUUGAUGAUGUGCACGGGAAAGAGCAACACGAAGACUGUGACACUUAAUAAAGCCAGCUUGAUACCUGCCUACCAUCUUUAAAAUAAUAAUAUUAAUAAUAAUAGUAAUAAUUCACGCAAAACAUUUCAGAAUUAAACGAUAUUUUAUAAUUCUUUGAUUAUUCACAUGGAUUUGUUUAAUCAUUUUCAAAUAAUCUUAGCAAUAUGAAAAAAGACAAAACAAAACUAUUUGUAUAGUGCUACGAAAUAUCGGAAACGAUAAAUUUUUGUAAAAUCGCCUUUUGCUCCUUUUUUUCUAAAUGUUAUCGGCUCAAAGAAUAAUUAUCAUCAUGGAGAGAGAGACAGAGAGAGAAAGAGUUAUAUUGUAAUAAAUUGAAUUUUAGAUAUAUCAUUUAGCCUACAUCGUGCAUUUCGUAAAAUUCAUAUGAAUAAUGAAAGCAUUGCACAAAUUUUUCAGACUUCAAAUUAUUUUCAAUUUGUAUUUUUCUUAAAAAAAAUGAAAGGAUAGAUAUUUGGGAAUUCAACUGGUCACAUCCGUCUCUACGACAAUAUAAAUAUACAUGAAAGAAGAAGAAACAAAAAAUUGUAUGUGAAAAAAUUUUGCCUUAAGCGUGUCAUAGUUUUGUACGAUAUCUUUCUUAGUUGUCAGCGAAAAGAGAUAAAAAAAAUAAUAAAAUUUACACAAUAGCGUAAGAUUUUCGAGUCAAGUUGGUUUUUGAACAACUUUGAAAAAUCAAAAUCUCAAUGCUUUUCCAUCAAUUUUUCGCGAAUAAAAGCAAAAAAAAAAACAAUUCUUGAGUGAAACGAAUUAUUAAAAACUAAUUAAGAAACGAUCCUAGUGUUGUUACUUUUUACUUGCUUUCUCAUCAUGAUGCCUUUGUAAUAAAAAAAAUGAAAUUGAAAAAAA